AGUGCUCUUUCCCUUCUCCAAACAGCUGAUGGGCGCGCUGGGAGGUUGCUGGCAGGUCAUGGACUGCGGAGAUGAAACCAUCUAACUUGUCAAAUGGACAUUUCUCCAUGGGAAAAUAUGGACAGGAAGAUAAAUCCCACCCCACAACAAUGGAAGCCCUGUCAAAGGAGAGUCUCUGACUUGGAAAUAGUGGCUAAUAUUGGGCAGGUGGCUGACGCCUGAGACCGACUGGCAAAAUUAAAGCAAGUAGAUAACAGUACAUAUGAACAAGGCAGAUGUGGACAUGAACUGUGAACAUGGCAAAUCCUUUACGAUAUGAAGUGCUGAAUCUUUACAAAAAUCUGCUGUAUCUUGGAAAGGAAUACCCCAAAGGGGCGGACUACUUCCGCACACGGCUGAAAGCCGCUUUCUUAAAAAACAUGGAUGAGAAAGAUCCUGAAAAAAUCAAACAACUCAUUGCUCGAGGGGAGUUUGUCACGAAGGAGCUGGAGGCUUUGUAUUUCCUCCGAAAAUACCGAGCUCUGAAGCAGCGUUACUAUGAAGACGAUGGCAAAUGACGUGCAAGACCAAGUCUGAAAUUCUUGCCUAGGAGAAAUGAUUGAAGGUGCGGGUGAUCCAACUGUGCUAAGCUUUGCCUGUAGAAUAAAAGUAACUACUUAAAAAAAAAUCAGAGAGCAGUAUCCCUGCAAGAUGAGGGACAACUAGAUGCUGUGGAUAGCCCAAGAUCAAUGCCUGCCGGCAGUAUCCCAUCCAACGUACUCCCGAGUGGCCCAAGGUAGCGGAUGCAGCCCAGUAGCCACUGAUAAGCAUGUCCCUUUUUUGAAGCCAUCAAAACAUCUGCAAAAGGAGAGACAUCCUGCCAGAGGGGUUGGACUUUAGCAAAGAAGGAAGGGCAAUUUCUGAAAAUCGAGAAGCAGAACCUUCGAGUCUUUGCCCCAUUUCCAGGAACUGCAUUCAGAAGAUUCCCCAUUCUAUGUAGCACGGUGGGGGGCAGUUGGAGGAAAAGGAAGGGGAUAGUGGUCUUCUACACGAGGUGUGUCUAAAGCUGAAUCUGACCCAAAUCUGGAAGCAGCAAAUGCCAUGCAUUAUGGGCUGUGCAAAGCCCUUCAGCUGCUUUGGAGGAUCCUAGAGUAGUUAUGAAGAAGAGCAGGCUACCUGGGUCUAGAUGUCUACUCCACCAACUCAAGAGUUUUAUAAACACAUAUAACAUCUAUUGUGUAAUAUAUACAGUAUGUGCA